UUAUGCGCCGGAGAGACCGUUUUGUCUUUUGUGCCGAAGCUAUUUAUGAAUCACAGGCCGAAAACAGUGAAAUCAAGGGGCAUUACUUGAAUGCGGCUGCGGGUACAUGUGAAGAAAUGAUUAAGAGAGCUGUAUUUGCAAGAGAAUUAGGGGUUCCUAAUGUAAUGCAUGACUACUUAACUGGGGGAUUCACCGCAAAUACUACUUUGGCUCAUUAUUGCCGCGACAAUGGCCUACUUCUUCACAUUCACCGUGCAAUGCAUGCAGUUAUUGAUAGACAGAAAAAUCAUGGUAUGCAUUUCCGUGUAUUAGCUAAAGCAUUGCGUAUGUCUGGGGGAGAUCAUAUCCACUCCGGUACAGUAGUAGGUAAGUUAGAAGGGGAACGCGAAAUGACUUUAGGUUUUGUUGAUUUAUUGCGCGAUGAUUUUAUUGAAAAAGAUCGUGCUCGCGGUAUCUUUUUCACUCAGGACUGGGUAUCCAUGCCAGGUGUUAUACCGGUAGCUUCAGGUGGUAUUCAUGUUUGGCAUAUGCCAGCUCUGACCGAAAUCUUUGGGGACGAUUCUGUAUUACAAUUUGGUGGAGGAACUUUAGGACAUCCUUGGGGAAAUGCACCUGGUGCAGCAGCUAAUCGAGUGGCUUUAGAAGCCUGUGUACAAGCUCGUAACGAAGGGCGCGAUCUUGCUCGCGAAGGUAAUGAAAUUAUCCGAGCAGCUUGCAAAUGGAGUCCUGAACUAGCCGCAGCUUGUGAAGUAUGGAAGGCGAUCAAAUUCGAGUUCGAGCCGGUAGAUACUAUUGAUAAGUAGAUAAAA